AUGUCAGAGUGCCAUCAAGCCAGUUCCGCACGUCCCAUGGCCUUUUCUCUUCUCUUUGCCACCUCUGCACUCAGACGCCCAAAUUCUCCAAAGAGCUGGGCGUGCCCUGCCUGCGAGGAGACCUCAGCAUACUGGAACAAGUAUGAGGGUGCGGAGAAGGACCUCGCCGUGGGCGUGGAGCAGAUCUUCCUGCGGCUUCUCCGAGGCAUCCUGCAGAAGCAGAAGGAGUUGGGCCGAAAUCCAGCCCGACUUGACAUGUCCGGCUACCCCGAGGCCGCAGACGAGAUAACGACUGUGCAUGCUAGCGAGCUCGAGGCACGGUUGGGAGCAGCCAAGCGCGGCCAGGUGGUUUCACCCUUGGGCCUGGAGCCAAGAAGAGUCACCAAAAAGGCGCGCGAGGCGGAGGCGGGCGGCGAGGCGAUGUCGGUGGAGACCCGUGUGGUUGCGCCCUCCCCUCACCCACAGCUCGCCAUGAGCCGCUCCGCGGUCUGGGUGGCGCUGGCGGCGCUCGGCUGCGCAGAUGCGGCGGCGCUGAGCUGGCAGGAUUGCGGGCUGCUCGCAGACGUGAGGGGCUUGGAGUUGCUGAGCUACAGCCACGAGCCGGACCCGAUUGUGCUCGGGGAGGCCUACACCAUCACCAGGCACUUUCGCACUUUGCUGCCCAUCCAGAACCUCACGGAGCAGUUCUGGAGCUACGAGCGGAAUGGGACCGAGUGGAGCUUCGUCUUUGGCAACGGCCCCUUCUCCCGCUGCGGCGCCGCGGACUUUCAGAGCCGCUGCCCGCUGCCCGCCGGCGCCGAGCUACGCUUCCGGGAGCGGCACCCGGGCACCGCGGCCGCGCGGCCCGGGCGCCACCGGGCGGUGGAGCACUAUUUUUCCGACGGCGUCUUCGCUGGCUGUGUGGUGGCUGUUUACGACUACCGGGCUCCGGACUACCGGGCUCCGGACGUGCACGUGGUCCUGUGA